AUGGCAGAAUGGAUAAUUGAAAAUCAUGGCAAGCCGCACUACGGUGUCGCCCUCGAGGAGCCACACAACGCCAUUCACCUUGCGCUUGGCGGCUUCUACGAGAAAGGCAAUUAUAACGCCGAUCCAAUCCUUGGUGCUAACGGUGACAUGGGCGAGAAUGAGACAGCCGCCUUCGACCCCAUCUUCUACCUCCACCACGCCUUCAUUGACUAUACCUUCUGGCAGUGGCAGCUCCGUCAUGACAAGACAGCCAAUGGCAGUCUGACAGUUGAGGCUGGCAAGAAGGGCACCAUUAGCCUUGGUGACCCAACCUUCCCCAAGGGAACAGCUCUGGGUACAAACAGUCCAUUGGAUCCUUUCAAGAAGCCUGGCGGCGGUUUCUAUAACUCGAACGAUGUGACAGACAUCAAUGAACUUGGAUACAGCUAUGGUCCUGGCUCGCUUGACAACGAUCCAGCCCGUUUUGAGCCACCUACUGAGCCCAUUGCUAAUAUCGCGCGGGUGCACAAUGUCAGUCGUGCAGAUUACGCCGGAUCCUUCGUCAUCCGCACCCAUGUUGAACUGCCUGGUGGUGAAAAGGUUGAAGUCGGGCGCGAGGCCGUGCUCAGCCGAUGGAACGUUGCAGCAUGCCGCAAUUGUCAGGAUCAUUUGGACGAGAACUCAUUCAUUGCUAUCGAUGACAAGACAAUGGAAGUGUUGAAAGGCAACGCUGACGAUAAGGAGAAGAUCAAGUUCCACGUUCAGAUCCAGUCGCGUGAGUUUAGUGGGGAUAAAUUACAGGAGCCUGUGAAAGAGCCGAUAGUGGAGUUUUUGUAG